AGCGCACCGGUCCUGGGACUCGACGACGACAAGGCCCGACCGCCCCCAAAGUCCGAUGAGCAGAUGACCGUGACGCUCUGCUGCCGUGUCUGCCUCACGCAGAUGGCGGAUAUCGUUCUACUACCCUGCGGUCACCUUGUUCUUUGCCAGUGGUGCGCGAAGCUGAUGUACAAGACCCGCGACACCGAUAGGACUAUGCUCCUGGGAAAGAACCAGUGUCCGGUUUGCCGUCGUUCCAUCAAGCGGAGGGUACGU